AUGAGUAAUACACAUGAAACGUGUCACAGUAACGCACACAUGGACAUAUUAACAUUCGUCGAUAGUCUAGUACAGGGAAAUGGCAGCCUGCGUUUGUUCCGAGUAUUAACAUUGUGCUAUUCUAUUCUCCCCGGCAACGUAGCUGAAUCAGUGGUAUUGGAACGCGAGGCCGAAUCGACUCUCACAUUCGCCGAGGGAGCCAACCGCGCGUACGCAGGCCAUAUGACCCUGAAAUUCUCACCAGAUGCCACAAGCACUAUGCAGCACCACAAGCACUACUGUCUGGAGGUCUCCGACAACUGCUCACCCACCGUUGAUCAUUGUAUUAUUCGCAGUGCUAGUGUUGGUGCACUUGACGAAGCCAUGAUGCAGGCGCUUGAACACGACAGUUACAACUUCCUUUUACGCCAUGAUAUUGGGUCUUCAAAAGACGUGCCCCAGGCUCAAAAGGCUUUCUAA